AUGCUUCUUAUAUACACGAUCGGUAUGUUUGGUGGAGGACUAAUUGUCCACCUCUACUAUGUACAACAUGAAGAGGAUUUGUAUACAGCAGCACUGUCUGCAGCCAAGUCACCGAAAUUGACAGCAAACGAUAAUACAUAUAAACAGUUGAUUCUUUCGAACGAUUCAAUACACGAACAUGCAUUACAACAUUUAGCCGAGGCAACAUUGGCUAACGUAUUGGCUAAACAAGUACGUGUGUUCUGUUGGAUACUAACAAUGCCAGCGAAUCAUAAAUCAAAAGCUGUUCAUGUGAAAGCUACGUGGGCUGGUCGAUGUAAUAACUAUUUAUUCAUUAGUAGUGAAACUGAUUCGCAUCUUCCUUCAAUAGCUGUUAUCAAUGCUGAAGGUCGCAACUUAUUGUGGAAUAAAACAGCUGGAGCCAUAAAAUACAUGGCAAAACAUUAUGCCAAUGAUUACGAUUACUUCAUGAAGGCGGAUGAUGAUUCAUAUGUGAUUGUAGAGAAUCUGCGCAAAAUUUUACAUAAAGAAAAUCCCGAUAAACCAUUUAUCAUGGGCAGACGAUUCAAGCCAUUUGUUAAACAAGGAUAUAUGUCCGGUGGUGGAGGAUAUGUGCUAUCUCGAGCUGGUCUUUUGAAUAUCGCUAAUGGUUUGGAGAAUAAUGCCGUUUGUCAAAGUAAUAAACAUGCAUUCGCUGAAGACGUGAAACUUGGUAGGUAUACAUACUAAUUUUGCGUGUGACGUGAUUGUAUUAUGACUAUGCAACAACUGAUUUGAAUAAUAAUUGAUAUCGUUGAAUAUGACAUGGAAACGGCCUAAUGCAUUUGGAUUAGUCUGAACGGUUUGUGAAAUCCUGAAGACAUUAAAUUCGAUUUUUGGAUGAAGUCUAGGUGCUCAGUAUAGAGUAGCUUUAUAGUGGGACGCAACAGUUAUUUGCUUCCAGUUGGGUUUCCAUCGGUUGUCUUACACUAUGACAUCUAUAUCUAUUCUCAUUAUCAUUCUGACAAUUACAGUUGACACAAUAAUUGGAGUUGGUAGUACAUAGUUGAUAUGUAUUUAUCAACUAACAAUUCUGUUUUGUUCUACUAAUCACUGUAAGAUCCCAUGCAUUGCUUUUGCAUCUAUAAUUUGCACGAUGUAUAAGCGUAUGAUAAGUCGUGUU